AUGACCACGGAAAAUCGGCUCUCGACGCAGGUCCUUCUCCUCUCAGCCAAGCAAAUGGGUCUUGUGUGCAUUAAAGCGUGUCCGCUGGUUUUAUUCGAGACCUCCGAAAAGUUGGCACCACGUCAGUUGAUGUUUUACCGAGACGAUGAGAGCCCGGAUGCUGGGUCAACUUCGAGACACCAACUGCUUUGGCAUCGAGGCAGUUCUGCAGAUCGACGAAUAUUUCACGCGGCAGGUCUGCUCGACUCGGCUUGCCUAAAACAGCCCUACACACCAGUCAUGAUCGAGAUCAUGUUGGCUUCAACUGUUACCAUGACGACAGUUGUCAAUAUCAUGCAACAUUAUGGCUUUCGUCAGUCACCAGUCGUGUUGUGGUGUUGA